AUUACGUUAACAGUGUUAUCCCUCGGGAACAGAGCUUGUGAGUGAAUUGCAUCUCACACGCAGAUUCGUCAGUCGUAGCCGGCAUCUAAUGCUACCUUUUAGAGAUGCAAAAAGGUUCAAGAAAUAAAUGGUUUGCUCCGAGUAGUUGCCACGGUGACGGAAGAACGCUCAGGGAGGAGGACAUAAAAGGGCCUGUUGUGGGCGGGGUCGGCAGAGACUCCGUCCUGGUUCGAGAGAUAGAGUCGGCGGGGCAAGGGCCGCUUCUGGUAUCGGUCUUGUUAGGGUCCAGAAGAAACAAACAGGGUCCCACAGCUGUGUGGGCAAGGAGGUGCCCCUUCCCGCCCUUUCACUCCGGGUUUAGUAAUUUCAAGAUGCAAUUUGUAACUAUUAAAUCAUUUGUAAGCCCUUUAAAGGGAUUCUUGAUAUUGCCAUCAGCAACCCAAGAAAAGAAAAAAGACACCGUCAGUUGCACAUUAGAUGACAAACCACGAUUGUAUGUCAUUGGCAGCAUAGGACAAGUGAACCAGAAAAUUUCUCACUUAGAACUGGGUCUGAAAAGAUAUGACAGUAGUGAAGGAGUGAUUGGGGAAAUGGGGCUCAAGAGACGCAAGACAUCCAGAAAAGUAUCGAGACCAUUUAGGGCGAAAGAGAGAGACCAGAAGGUGAUGCAGAGGUCUGGAAAGCAUGCUACAGAGAAAAUAGCUCAGAAAAAGAUGGUAACAGAAAAGGAUAAACUUGUGGAAUUAUAUCAAUACCCAGGAUACUGUAAGGAGAAACCUACACCAUUGCCAAAUGGAAUAGAGCUGAGUGAAAUUUUGGAGAAGGUGAUUCGCGCCCAGGGUAAAACACCAGUUGGUAAGACACGCUGGGCUUCAAAGAUGCUGCAAAAGUUUCUCGAUGCGCCAUGUAUCCAAGCUAUUUUGCUGGACAGUUUCUGGUGGCAGUUUCUGCACUUGUAUCAUCCGAAUCAAGAGAUUCAGGGGCGUUUGUUCGAACGCAUUUCAGAAAAUUAUUCUCGCGUUCUGUUGGGCUGUCACAAGGUUGCCAGUCAGGAACUCAUCCUUACACUUUUCCCUUCACUGCUGAGCCAAGCUGUGUACACCUGCUUCUGCUACUGUUUCUCAAGGUCCUGGUUCAAUACACAUGAAUUCAAGGCUGGGCUCUGUGAUAUAUUCUCCGAGUGGCUGCGAGGUAGCUUGAAUGCACCAGGGAGUUAUACUAAAUGGGAUUAUUCCCAGCUGGAGCCAGAGCGAUCCAGAAGAGAAGAUUUGCUGUCCGGAAAAGGAAAAUUAGGGACUGGCUGUGAUAUUUCCUUUAGCAACUAUGCAUUACCUGGUACUACACGGAAGCACCCAUUGACACUCCGAAAGAAGCAUACAGCCAUUAAAAAAGUCAAGAAGUCUGUCUCCAGGAAAAAAAUUCAAAAGCAGUUUCCUUUGGAAGAAAAAAUGAGUCUAUAUUUUCACUCUUUGAGGACUACAGAGGAUGAUGAGCAGCAUUCAUCACAGAAGCAUCAACGUUCAUCAAAAAAGAAACUGAAGAUUGCUUUGCUUCCUCGAGAGUCACACCCAGCCAGUUCUGGUCCUGAGUACACCUGGCACCACCUGAAUAUUCAUGGUCACUGCCCACUAAUUCAGCACUUUCUUCAGAAGCGGAAUGCUGUAUCAAAGGCAGGAUGUGACAUAUUUUUAAGCAGGAGGGCAAUCUGCAAGCCAAUACCGGAUUCUGCCCAGACAUAUGCAGAAGUGAUCAAGCAAAGUUUUCAAAGCCUCCGCCAGAGGCACAAAGAUUUCAUGAAGACUUAUCGGAGACACCGGAGAGAAAUGAGGAAAUUUGAUCAACUGAGCAAGUAUAACCUGUUGGUUUUCAGGCAAGAGAUGCUGGAAGAGAUGAAAAAGCAGGCCCAAAAGCAGAAAGAGCUGUUUUCUUGCCCAGAGGGACUGAGUUCUUCAGACAAGUUUAUAUGCCGCACCCCAAAAGUCACGUUCAACUGACUGACUUGUUAACUUACACGUGGCCCUAGCAAUAAAUUUAGUUUUCUCUUUUUGAAAUGAAUGAGACUUAAGUUCAAAUUGAAUCUAUUUGGGAGAAGCUCUUCUAUAAACAUUGUUACUAUCUGCUUUAUAAAAAGAAUGUUUAAAGGAAAUUAACCUAGAUUUGCUGCAAAGAGAUGUACAAAAGCAUUUCUGAUUAGAAGCAAUUGUGUAUUACUGCAUUACAGGAGUAUGGUGAGCACUGGUUGAGAGGGAGUUUCCUUCCAUUAAUUCAGGCAUGUCAUUUAUGUUGAAAUCUUUUAAGAGGGGGGUUCUCAUUUUUAUACCACUGUUUGGCCGUGUCCAUUUCAAUAAUAUAUUGACUAUGAAUGGGACUUAAAAACAAGGCUCAGAUAUAUCCUAGGCUAGACAGACUAAGUAUAAAGCAGGGGUGUGGAUUUUGGGACUCUCCAUAUGUUGCUAGAUUACACCUGUCAUCAUCUCUGAUCAUUAGCCACACCAGCUGGGGUUUAUGGAAACUGGAAUCCAGCAACCUCAGAAGAAUCACAGGUUACCCAUGCCUGGUUUAGAGGCACCUGGAACUGUCUUUAGAAAUUUUAUUUUUGCUGCCUAGAUCUCUAUACAUCUUCUAGAUCUUAGCAUACCUUACUUGGAAAGCUAUAUUUAAGCAUAUGUGUUUUCUCUUCACCUUAUUUUCUGUUUUCAUGAAAAUCAAAUUGUAAUAUUUACCUUUAAGGGGCAGCAUUUAGAGAUGUUACAAAUCCAAACCUACAGUCCAUUGCUUUUGAAAAUCUACCAUUAUGCGCUGAAAUAAUGGCUUUUUGCAAUAUCCAUAUAUUUAAUACAACUCAGUCAUUUACAUUAUUUCAACAGUGCAUUACAACUGUCAGUACAUAUUUCAUGCAGUUAUUUUGAACACAAUGCAGAGAAACACUAAUUUAGUACACUUCAAAGGUCUGAACUUGUGUUUGACAAUAUUUGAUUAAAAUCAGAAUUGACUACCUUUUUCAAUGAUUUCAAAGGCUCCUUAAUCAAUGCUGUGACACAAGGCAGUAUGAUCUUUCUCUACUUCACAUGUUACCCUGCAGCCCAGUGAACUGAAUGUGCUGGUCUUCAGUGUUGGUGGUCUCAGGGAUGCAGCAUUUAGUAUUUUAUGCCCAUAAAAGUACUGUGAUAAAUCUAUGGAGUACCUGUGUUUCAUUAUUACAAAUCUAUGAAGAAUAUAUCAAAUUUAGUUUCCCUGAGACAUAGUGAUCUGGGGAAACAAUUGUAACAGGACAUCAGUUCUAUCUAGCCCAAGUUUACCUUUUCACAUUUUAUAAUCCCAGCAAUAAAAGGAGGAGUUAGAGGAUUACAUGAGCAAUCCUACUGAAAUUCUUUUUUCUUUCUUUUUUUUACUAUUAGUUUGCAAAAAACAUGCCCAAGUUAACAUUUUCUGUCCUUGGAAGAAGAAAUCUUUUGGUGUAGUGGUCUUAUAUAAAAUACCCAGACAUGUAGCAAUGUCCAUAAAAACAUCACUUGCCAACUUCUUAACUCUGAACCAAAAAAGGCAAUUGUGGUCAAGCUGAGAAAUCCUGGCAAUUAGCCAUUUCUUACAGACAUUCUGACACAAUUUCUUUUAGUUCUGUACCAGGGAAGUAGAUACUGGUCUGAUCCAGUUUGCCAGAUUUCGUGCUGUUUUGCAUGGACUGAGAAGAAGGUGCCCAUCUCCAAAUAUUUGAAGUUACAACUGCCAAUCCUCUUGCAAUAGCCACGUUCAACAGUGCGAACUGGAGAGUAAGGCUAUGUUUGUACUCCUGCAUUUCUGAACCAUAGAUUUAAGUACUGGGAUAUAGUCAAGGUGCAUAUGAAAUAGUUUUAAAAUUGUGUCUCUAAGCAUGUACAGAAUACCUUUCCCUCAUCACUGAAAAGAAUCACAUCCCAUCAAUCCCAAUGAAUUUGAGCAAAGAGCUGGCCCCUCUAUUUUUAGUAAAUAAGUACUGUUCUGUCCCAUAAUAAAGUUUCCACUGGGAGUGUGAAUGGUGACAGUGGCCAUAUAUGGCUCCCAUAUGUGAGCAAACAUGUUAAACGUCUUGUACAUGUCCCAUAAGAAGUACUAUGAAUCUGUUUGUCCUUUAACAUCACCUAUGAAGCUGCUGCUCCAUAUCCCCUUGCAGUCUGAUGUGUGACAGAAGGAUACAGUGAAUGGGCCCUUUUCUGUAGUGGUGUCUAGUAGACAACAUUUCUCAACCAGUUAGCCUGGCCCAAUUACUGCUCAUUUUCUGGCUACUGGCCAACACUCUCGGUUGGCAGGCUUUUAAAAGUAUGAUUUUUAUUAACAUGAUGCUGAAGUUGUUUGUGCUGAUGGUGUAUUUUACUGGUAGUUUUGAUGUGUGCUUUGUUUUGAUCGUAUUUUAGUUACUGUUUUAACUUAUCGUUUGCUGCCCUGUUCCCAAAAGGUAGCAUAUAAAUGUUGAAAGUAAAUAAAAUGCUUUCAGAUUCUGUGUUUAUAUGAUUCUAAGCGGCCUAAUCCUUUCUGUGCUGCCUUUUCCCUUUCUAAGAAUUUUAAGAAUUUUAAAGGAUAUGUAGCAGAAUCUCUCUCUCUCUCCAGACUUGCCAUGUACCAAAUUCAUACCAAAUUCAAAAUGUAAGAUAAGAAUUCAUGGGCCUGAUCCUCUUUGCAAAUGGUAGAGGCCAAAUUCUAAUUACUCUGGUAUAGCCAGACAGAAGCCUGCAAGUGUGAACAUGUUCCCAAAGCAUGGCCCAAUAGCACAACCAACUGGUGCAUUCAUACAUUUGUCUCUUUGAUACGUUCUUACAUAGGUUUGCUUUGUUUCCUGAGAAUGUGUUUGAUUUGUUUGCUUCUCCUAAUCCAUGUACAGUUAAAGAUUGCAAUAAAAAAAACCCCUGCUAA